GUCUACGGAGGACAGCAGUGGUGGAUGAUCGGAGAAUCCUCUCCAUGGUAAAGAAAAACUCUUUCACAAUAUCCAGCCAAGUGAAGAACACUCUCCAGAAGGUAGACAUGUAACAGUUUUUUUUUCUGUUAGUGCUUCGGUGACCUAAAGGGACAUAUUAUGUUAAGGUAUUUACUUUUUCAUACAUUUAAAAUCUAAUUUUCAGUAGAUUUUUUAUGUGCAACACAAAACUUCAUUUACAACAAAUAUGUACACAAAUCUGUCCAGGAAUGUGUUACAAUGUAAUAGUUUGAGUUAUUUCCACAUAGAAUGUUUAUUUGAAACUGACAUACAUAUAGACAGCAUUAUAUUCUAAAAAAGAGAGGUUGAAACCCUGAAAAAGGCUUCUCUGAGAUCACUCCAGUCUGUGCAUUCUUGGACAGUAUGGCUUCUGCUUUAACAAGGGAUUCUUUCAGCUGUGGAGAGAAGUGUUAGAAUCCCUUGCAAACAAGAAGGUAUAGAGUAAACGAGCAAAGAAAUGAAGGGUAUGGCAUGAAAGGUCCAUGCGAAAGGUAAACAACACCGUUCCAGCUCAGACUUGGUGUUCUAUUUAAAGGACUGGGCACCAAGACACACCAGUCUUCAGGAGCAUCUGCUGCAGUGGGUGACCAUGUUUCGUCUGUGUUUCCCACUCUUCCUGUGUUUGGUUUGGCUUGGACUGUUCUGUCACUCAGAGGCCAUGGAAAACCAAGCUGAAUCAAGGGAAAAAAGGAGUGUGCCUAACUGGGCGCUGACAUCAUCAGACUUUUUUGCCUGGAUUGAAGAGCUGCGUUCUCACGCUGGCUAUGACAAGAUCGAGGAAUUGGCCAGAACCUUCUGGGCUCACUUCCCUUCCGCCAGCCGCCUGGGUUAUGACCCUCCCGCUCCAGAAGAAUAAUGCCAACUGAGUUUGAGUCUGUGUUUUGGAUACCAUUUGCCCUUUCGUUAUGGCACAUCUCUUGGAAAAGGAGACAAACAUUCUUUAUUAUUUAGCGUAACUUGAUUUGAGCCAGGGCAAGAUACCCAGAGAAAAGUUCAUUGUAUUUUUUUUUUUUGUUUGUUUAAAAGUUACAUAAAACCCCUUAUGUAAUGGCAUCCAAAAUCCAGUAAAAGUAUCUUGCUCACAAACUCUUUUAUUGACAAAAUACUUGCUGCUCCUGAUUCUUCUUUAAAAUAAAUGCACAUUCUGGAUUUGUAUUUGCUAUAAAACAAAUAAUAUACAGUAUAUCAAUAUAAAUGUAUGCUACACACAGGUAUGGUAGAUGGCCAUAUAACUAUUGUUGAGCAGCACGCAGGUGUGCUGUUAUCAGUGGGAAUGCAGUCCAGGUGCACAGAGAUGACCUCUGAAU